AUGUCAUCCACGCCCUCCACACCGCGCACGACGCGCACCGCGUCUCGCGCAAACUCCCCCAACGCCGCCGCCAACGACGACAACAUGAUGCUUACUCCCGGACGAAAAAUCAAAGCCAUGAUGGCAGCCUUCGACAGCGACUCCGAAUCAGAAAAUGACGUACAAGCACAACGGAAACCCGAUCGAUCUACCACUACGCUAAGCAAUGCGUUGAAACACAGCACUAUCUCCACACAGCCUACGAACCCAGCCGAUUCGGACGACGACGACUCGGAAGAUGAUGAGGAUAUUGUCAUGCCGAAGGGGCGCAUGGCUGCGCGGUUACAGGGCCAGGCUCAGAAUCAGUCUGAGGGGCAGACGGCCUUUGAACGGGUUUCGAAGACGUUGCGGACGGAGAAGGAAGAUGAUGAUGAUGUGGUUAUGGAUGAUGAGGACGAGGACGAGGAUGAUCUUCCUACGGCUGGACCGAGGAGGAGAGGGAGGAAUACUGCUGAUUUGGAUCCGGAGGUAGAGAUGGAUCGGGCGCCGUCUCCGGCGCGCUCGGAGUCGCCUUUGUUUGUCUCUGAUGAGGAUGAAGCAGGGUCGGGUAAUGAGGAAGAGGCGCAGCCGAAGGCUAAUUCUCGGUUCCUGGCGUUAGUUGCUCAGAAGCGCAAGGAGAGGGAGGAGAAGGAGAAGGCCGAGGCUGAGAAGAGAGCGGCGAGAGCCAAGCAACAGGAACAAUUCAGUUCGGAGAUUCUGUCUGGUAGUGAGAGUGAGGGUGAGAAUGGAUCCGGACGGAAGAUGACGCAGCAGGCGUCGCGUCCUGCUAGAAAGGCGAGCAAGAAGGCUCUGGAGGAGAUGAAUCGCGAGACGCAACGGAUGAGUCGUAAUAUGCAGCUGGCGCAUCAGGCUCAGACGAAGAAGAAGAUUACGAAAGAGAGCUUUUUCGCUCGGUUUAAUGCGGUCAAGUCUGAUGAGCGGACUGCGCCUGGGGCGCCGGGGGAGAACUCGUCCACGACUGCUGAUUCGUUGAACUCGUCUGAUGCUGAGGCGCAGAAGGAAAAGGAGACUCCGCGUACUUCGCCUGUCCUUGGACCGGUCGAGAAGGAAGCCGGCGAGGGUUUGGGUAAAGAGGCGGAGACUGAGUUCCGUCCGUUGGAGGAUAUUCUUGAGAAUCCACGUCCGCAGCCUGAGCAACCUGUUGUAGCGAGGAUGGAGAUCGAUGAAGCGCAUAUAACACAGCCGGGAAAGACGCCUUCCAAGAAGGAGAGAAAGGAAUUAACGGGCCCACCUGUUCGCGUGCGUCUCACGCGCGAGGAGGUCGCCCGGCAACAGAAGGACGAUUCGGACAGUGAGCUUGAGAUUGUCACCUCCCCGGCCAAGUGUCGACGUAUUGCGGCGUUCGAGAAUGUCCCCGCCAGAAAGGCCCAGGAACCGGCGUCUAUGAUGAAGCUGAAAGCUCUGGCGCAUAUUACGUCUCCUACACGCAAAUCCGCCAUGCACCCUGCCCAAUUGUCCGCCACGGUACUGUUGAAGGCGAAGCAACAAGCUGCAAGGGAAAGGCAGCAGAGAAUCGAGGAACUGAAGGCUAAGGGUAUCCAUAUCGAGACAGCCGAAGAACGCGCCGCCAUGGAGGACGAGCUCGAAAAUCUCGUUGAGAAGGCCCGGAAAGAGGCUGAAGAUAUCGCCAAGAUAGAACGAAAAGCGGCCAAGGGUGGAGAUGAAGACGACGAGGAUUGGGACUACUCUGGUUCUGAGGAAGAAGCCGAGGAGGAUGAGGAUGAGGAAGAGGACGAAGAUAAGCCUGCUGGUGAAGACGGACUUGUCGAUUCUGAAGCAGGCGAAGGCGAUGAAUCAGAAGAUGACCAGACGGAAACCAUGUCGGUCGAUGAGAACGAUGCGCCAACGCAGAGGCGAAAGCGGCCUACCAGAGUUGUCCUCGACGACGAAGACGAUGAAGAUGAGGAAACCGAUCCAAAGACGCCUGCGAAAUCCAUCGUUACGCCUACUACACGUUCCGUUGAGCGGCCACAACUUCCGACACAGAGCUCCAGCAACCUGAUGAGUCUAACGCAGGCCUUUGCCGGCACAAUCUCUGGCAGCCACCAGGAUAAUGCGCAAAGUGGUUCUACGAUUCCUUAUUCUGCUCCUGACCCAGAUCCUAUGGCUGAAGACCGUGAACCAUCCGACUCGCAGACGAUUAUCAGAGACAGUCAAGAGCCAAGAAAGGGGUCUGUCGAUCUGCUGGCGGGCUACGCACAGUCUGAUUCACGAAUCUCCGAGUCUCCUGCUCCGCGAUCGACCCAGCUCUCCGAAAUGCCAGAUCCUACUCAGGAUGCCGGGUUUGUCUUCUCGCCCUUCGACCCCAACAAGCGAUUCCUCGGAACCCCCCAGUCGACCAUCGAUACCGUUGUCAUCAACCGCGACAACCAAGAUGGAUCGCCAGCCCCAGCCCGCAGAAUGAAGCAGCUCAAGCGCGGACGGACAGCCGACCUCUCCAUGAUCGAAGAGCAAGAAGAAAACGACAACGAGGGCGACUUUGAAAUCGACGCCAGUGCAUUCGACGUAAUGAAGAAGGCAACCAAGAAGCCCGCCGUGCCCUUCGACCGCAAGAAGAGCAAAGCCAAGGAAAUCGUCGAAGAAGCAGCCGAAGAGUCCGACGACGAAUACGCCGGUCUAGGAGGCGCCAGCGACGAAGAUGACGACGAAGCCGAGAACGCCUACGAUAGACAAAUGAUCAACGACAACAGUGGCGAGACCGUCGACGAAAAACAGCUGGCAGCCCUGAAUGCUCUCCACCAACGCACCAACGACGAAAAGCAAGUCGCCAAACUGCUCAAAGACAUCACCACAGGAGCUCUCCGCCGCCGUCGCAACGCCGACGACGAAUUCGACCUCGACGACUCAGACGACGAGCUCCUCGCCCGCCGGCGCGAGAAACAGCGCGAGUUCGCACGCAUGCGCAAAGCCCUCCUGGCCGACGAGAAGAUCGGCGAGAUCGCCGAAAACCCAAAGAAAGCGGCAUUCUUCCGCGCCGUCGAAGACCGCGAUGAUGACGACGAUGAUGUGGGAUUCGACUUCCUCGACGAACCGCAGGAAUCCACCCAAACGGAUGAUCCAUCCUCGCAAGACAACAACAACACCACACCCCAACCUAACGACACCGUCACCAACAACCGCAAACGCCCCCUCGACCACACCACCGACCCAUCCGACCCCCAAUCCCUCCCACCCCGUCCCCCACCACACCUCCGCCGCACGAAACCCGUCUCCGCCAUGUCCAAAAAACCCGCAACAUUAGCAGAAAUCCGGGAAACACUAUCCUUCCUCACGGAAACACACGAUUACGACUCCUUCCACGAGGACGCAUCCAUCGACAUGGACGAUAUGGACAUGGACAUGGACAUGGAAAACGACACAGACGAAGACGGCGACGAUCCCCUCUCCACCGCAGCCCACCAACAAGACGGCGCCCAAGAACCCCAGCCAAAGGACCAACAGCAACAACAACAACAACAACCCCUUCCCCCGUCCCAACGCCAACACCCGCGCCGCACCCGCGGCCCCGUCGUCGACCGCCUCGCCCUCCUCCGCCAAGCAUCCUCCAACUCAGCCAACACCAACUCCUCCACCACUACCAAUUCCAGCGGAGCAGGAGCCACAGCACCCGGCGGAAACAGAAUGGCAUUCCACUCCGGCAGUUCCGGCGCGGCAGAACUUUCUGGCUUCGCGCGGCCCCCGCCACUCGUUCGGAGAACUACGGCUUCGUCUACGGGGUCUUCUACCUCUAUUGGAAGUAUGUCGUCUAGGACAUCGAAGGGUACCGGUUCGUCGUCUUCGACGAGUAAAUCGGGUAAUGUUUCUUCUUCUGGAAAGGGAGGGGGGAAGAGUGGAGCGGUCAAUUAUUAUACUGCUGCUAGGGAGAGGGAACGGGAGAGGCAGUUGAGGGUGCAGGAGAGGGGAGGGAGAGAGGGGAAUAUGAAGGCAUUGGUGGAGAAACAUGCGAGGAAUCGGUUGGGGGCGUUGGGGAGGGGGCAGUGGGAAUAG